AUGGUCUUGCUCCGUGCUGGCCUGACUGCUGCUUGUGAGAAAGAUGAGAUCUGCUUGAGUGGCUUGAGAGAAUAUGGUGGCAUGGGCUUGGACUUCUCCUAUAGCAUUGCAGUGGCAGAGGAGCUGGGAAAUAUUCGCUGUGGAGGUAUUCCUAUGGCUAUUGGAGUGCAAGCUAGCAUGGCUACUCCAGCUCUUGCAAGGUUUGGUUCUGAUGAGUUGAAAAAACAGUUCCUCACACCAACUAUAGCUGGGGAUUUUGUGGCUUGCUUGGGAAUCAGUGAAGCUGGAGCUGGGUCAGAUGUUGCAAAUAUCAAGACAACAGCUGUGAGAAAAGGCAAUGAAUAUGUCAUAAAUGGCGGUAAGAUGUGGACUACAUCUGGGUGCCAAGCAGACUGGAUGUGCCUGCUGGCAAACACCAGUGAAGGACAUCCCCAUCGCAAUAAAUCUCUGAUAUGUCUGCCAAUGAAGCUACCUGGGAUUCUUGUUGCUAAAAAGAUAGACAAACUGGGCAUGAGGUCAUCGGAUACAGCUCAGAUCUUUUUUGAAGACGUAAGGGUGCCCAGCAGCAACCUCAUCGGUGAGGAAGGAAUGGGGUUUACGUACCAGAUGUUGCAGUUCCAAGAAGAGCGGCUGUGGGGAGUAGCCAAUGUGCUGACAGCGCUGGAGACGCUGCUGGCAGAGACGACGGAGUACACGGGCCGGCGGGAGGCGUUCGGCCGGCCCGUGCUGCACAAUCAGGCCGUGCACUUCCGCCUGGCCGAGCUGGCGGCCGAGCUGGAGCUGCUGCGUUCCCUGCUCCACCGCGCC